AUGGCUUCCAGACAGCAGCUCCUGAGGCUGACCGAGGAGACAAUUUGUCCCAUUUGUCUGGAUUUCUUCACCGAUCCGGUUAUACUGGAUUGCGGACACAACUUCUGCCGCUUCUGUAUCACCCAAAGUUGGGAAAAGAAGGAGAUAAACUCCUGCCCGGAAUGUAGAGAGGCUUUUCCGGAAAGAAACCUCAGGGUAAAUCGGGCCUUAGCGAAUCUGGCCAAGGAGGCUCGGAAAUUAAAGCUGGAUCCGAAAGAGAAUGAGAGUAAACUUCACUGUGAGAAACAUCAGGAAGACCUGAAGCUGUUUUGUGAAACUGACAAGAAAUUGAUCUGUCUGAUUUGUCGAGAUUCGCGGGAACACAGAGAGCACCGCUUCCUGCCGAUCGAUGAGGCUGUUGAAAUCUGCAAGGAUAAACUGAAAUCUGCCUUAGAUUCUCUCACAGAGAAGAAAUCGGCGGUUCUACAAACCGAACUGACCCAGAAACGGAAGAUUUCCGAAGUGAGGGAACAGGCGAGCAGUCUGCAGACCCACAUCACAUCCGAGUUCACUAAAAUGCACCAGAUUCUCACUGAGAAAGAGCAGCGUUUACUCAGAGAUCUCAGGGAAGAAGAGGAGAGGAUUGUAGAACCAAUGGAGAAAAACCUUCGAGACAUUCAGGAGAAUUUAAAUUCUAUUGAGGAGAAACUCUCAAAGUUGCAGAAACAGAUGGAGCAAAAAGACGAAUUGAUGUUUCUGAAGGAGGCAGCUUGUCGGAAGAGAAGGAUUAGUGAUGAGGCACAGACACUCUCAGCUGCUGAUGGCUCUCUGUCUCUCGCACAGUUCACUGGCCCUUUACAGUACACAGUCUGGAGAGGAAUUUUGCACACUAUUAACCCAGCUCCAGACUCUCUGACUCUGGAUCCGAACACAGCGCAUCCCCUGCUCAUCCUGUCUGCGGACCGGACCAGUGUGAGACUCGGAGACACAGAGCAGCCGCUCCCUGACUCCCCGGAGAGAUUUUAUUUCUGGCGAUGCGUCCUCGGAACAGAGGGAUUCACAUCAGGGAGACAUUACUGGGAGGUGGAGGUGGGGGAGAAGACCUGCUGGGGUCUGGGAGUGGCCCGAGAGUCUGUGGAGAGGAACGGGUGGAUCACCCCGAGCCCGGAGACUGGAUUCUGGAUUGUGAGGCUGUCUCCCAGAUGUGGUUAUUCAGCCGCCACCUCCCCCUCCUCAUGGACCCCCCUCUCCCCGAGUGUGAAUCCCCGGAAGAUCGGGGUUUUCCUGGACUAUGAGGGUGGACAGGUGUCAUUUUACAAUGCGGACACCAUGUCCCAUCUCCACACUUUCACCCACACUUUCACUGAGAGGAUCUUUCCCAUCUUCAAUCCGGGAGGGAAUUACGACGGGAAAAACUCCGCCCCGCUGACAAUCUGCGGGAUUAAAGGGCACUGACAGAUCCAUCCCAUAAUUUCACCCCGUCCCCCUGCCUCCUGCCAGCUGUAAACUGAUGGGGGUCGGUCUCAGUCUGGGGGAAAGAAGGAGGGGGAGAGAAGAAACAAAUAGAAGCUCAAUUGUGGAGAGGGACUGAUUGGGUAGAAUGAGCUGUGAGCUGCAGGAACCAGGGGACCUUCCUGCCUGUAAUGUUGCUCCACAGGCGGGAGGUGGCGCUACAUGACGGUGUUGGAGAUGAAUCAGUCAGUGGGCCUCAGACUGGGGGUAAAAAAUGAGGUCUGCAGAUGCUGGAGAUCACAGCUGCAAAUGUGUUGCUGGUCAAAGCACAGCAGGCCAGGCAGCAUCUCAGGAAUAGAGAAUUCGACGUUUCGAGCAUAAGCCCUUCAUCAGGGUCUCAGACUGGGCUCAGGGGAGUCUUUCCAGGGGGAACACCAAAUCAUUUCACUGCAGGGUCAGUGGAGUCUUACCGGGGGGAAAUAUAAAUCAUUUUCACUGCAGAGUCAGUGGGGUCUCUGCGGGGGGGAACUGAGCUCAAUCAAAAUAAACAUUUCAGACUGAUCUUCUUUAGAUUUCUAUCGUGUGUCAGUAAUGUACAUGAUUUAGUAACAUAGCGAGACUGGUUUUGUUUUGUUUUCAGUUUGUAACUAUUGUCCAGAAUUUUGCUGCUCUUUCAUCAAAUUGGAAAAUUUGAAUACUUCAGAUUUGAAAGUGAUGGGUGAACUGAUCAUUUAUGUCAUAAUCAGACCAUAUUUAACCCUGUUUGAAACGGUUCAGCUGGUACAAACUGCAACGCAGUUGGAAUUUCAGUUAUCACUUGUCCCUGAGUUAAUAUCUAUCAUCAUUAACUCCACUGAGAUAAUCCUUAAGUCAGCCCAAGGAAAAUGUCUGUUUGAUAACAAUCAUUACUCCAGCAGUCUGUGCGCGAAACCAAUUCAGAUUUUGACAAUGUUUACAUUUAUGUCAUUAUAAUUUAUAUUGGAGGGCAGUGUCAAAUUUGAAAAUAGUUUCUUCAAUC